AACCACUGUCCCAGAGCUUGGAGGACACAUGCCAUGGCCUCUCCGACGGUCUCUCUGCCGGGCCUCCCUGGUCAAAUCAGGGAAAAUGAGUCCAGAGACCGGAAGCACAACCUCCCUGAAAUACAAAGCUCCACCAUCCAACCAAGGCCUCCAGUCCAUGUUCAAGACACACAGGCUGUGCUGAAGAGACGUGUAAAACGGAAAGAGCCCAGCCUCGACCACUUAAAAGCCCGUGAGCGGAUGUUUUUUCCAGGCUGGUACACCCAGCUGCCUUCAUCUCAACCAACACAGCAGCCACAAAAGCGGCGUGAAAAAUUGCCUGUCCACCUACCUCCUCUGAAAUCUACAACCAAGCUGCCCCAGAGUGCGAUGUCAACCCAAAGUCAAAAUAGGAAGUCCAGUGGGAAUAUGUAUUCCAUAACGAGCCAACGUAUUCCAGUAUUUAACUCUGAGGAGUUUGAGUUUGUGAGCCCUGAGCGCCAGGAAGUGGAGUAUAACUACCACUGCAAGCUGAUCCGGAUCCCCUUCUUUGCCCUCUUCAAAAAGUGGAAACCCUUUUAUGUCUGGCGCAGCAGAAUUCGUACGCACAAGAUUAAUUCAGCCAAGAAGUCCCUCAAAAAACGCUUGUUCAUUGUUAAUCAGUCUCUAGGUGGUGCACUGAUAGACAUCAAGAAAAUGUGUUACCAGAUCAGUGACACAGGCUUGUGUCACAUGGAGAAAAAACACACUUACACUCUGCAGGAGUUCCAGGAGAUCCAGUUCAAACACUUGCAAGAGGUGUUAAAUGACUUGGAGAAGUUUCAAGACCUGGCUAAGGAGGUAACAGUUUUUGGUUGUCACAACUACUGGACAGGUGUUGAACCCAAACCUCAAGAGUUAGAAAUACCAGAUAAGAUCAGUGCUUGUACACAGAUCGACAAGACUUUUCACAGUGGUCGCCUCAUCCGCUUCAUCCGUCUUGUUGAUUAUUUGAUCGUCAACACGUUACACGUCUUGGUGGCGAACACGGUGGCGAAACUACUGGCUGUGUUCCAGGAGCAGGUCCAUCUAACGCCCAGCCACGACGUUAUUCAGAGCUGGAGCCAAUGCUCCGAGGCCACCACUGUCCCUGCUGAAGAAGGCAUCGAUAAGAAGCCUCUGUUCAGCUCUGAGCUGAUGAUGGACACAAAUGCUUUGAGCUUCAAACCAUCUGAGGAGAGCUUUCAGGAGACUGUUGCCGAGAUCAUUGGGCUGUUUGAGAAAACUGCAAAGUCAGUUGGAGCUCUAACGGCAGAUCCUUAUUUUGAUCCAGUGACGAAGCGUGGAGACGAGGAGAGACUGGAAAGUACAUAUGAAGGUGGCCCCUGUUUAGAAUUCAUCAUGGACAAUGAUGUUCAUCUUCAAAGUACCAUCCAGGACAUAAAGGAAUCACUCCAGUUUGCCUUUGACGCAGCAAAAGUGUACUCGCACACAUUUGAGCCUUUUCGGCUGUUCUAUAAAGAGAACAAGAGUCUGGAUCUGGAUGCAAUGCAGCAACAGGAUCAUGAUUUGCCCUUUUUUGAAAAAGCACUGGAGUUGUACCACAGGGAGCAUAAGGAGGCCUUAGCCAUCCAACAGAAGAGACCUCUCGGCUUACUGCUUGUGGACAAAACACAGCUCAAGGAGAAGCUUGUGUCUUCUCCGCUCCGCUGUCUGGAGGUCAUCAACGCGAUGCUUGCCGAGCUGGCUAAGAGGAAGCUAGACGCUGUCAUUGCAGAAGCUUAUGAAGCUCAGUAUAAACUAGAGUUCAGUCCCUCCACCACAGCUGAGCUGGCCAGCUUCCUCACAUUCCUGGAUGAGAUACAGGAGAGGAUUACGGAGCUAGAAGUGGAGCAGGAGACAGUAUGUCAGAUGUACAAUCUGAUUAACAUGUACUCAGUUCCCAUUAUCCCUGAGGAUCUGGUUGUUUUCUCCACAUUGCAACCCGCCAUUAACUCGUUGCACAACAUCAUCGAUGAGGCAACAGCUGAGAGAGACUCCAGCAUGGAGAAGCUGUGCAGCUCCCUGCACAAGGACAUAAAGGAGCUGAACCGUGAGGUCAUAAACGUUAGGCUUAAAUCACAGGAUCCACAAAUCCUUGACAUCAAUGCAGAUUCCUCCCAAGUGCGUCUGCUGCUUGGGGGAAUCCAGAUUUCCUUAGACGAGCUGCAUGCCCAGGCCUCCACCUACACCUCCCACCAGAAGAAAUUCAAGGUGGAGGUCACCAAAUUUGACGCCCUAGAGGAGGUAACUGCAGAGUUUAAGCUGAAGCAGCUGCUGUGGGACUCUCUAGAAGAGUGGGACUCUUUAUCAGAGGGAUGGAAGCAGAGCACACUUGCACAACUGGACCUUGAGCAGUUCAGCUCACAGAUCACCAAAUACAACAAAUACGUCAACCAGCUGGAGAAGGGUCUGCCGCGUAACAAUGUGGUGCCAGUUCUUAAGGACAAGGUGGAAGUCAUGAGGCAGAGGCUGCCUGCAGUCACUGAUCUACGUAACCCAUGUAUGAAACCAGAGCACUGGAAGAGUCUGGAGUCUGUUGUGGGGACAUCUCUAAAUGUGGAUGAGCUAACUGUGGCUAAAUUGGAGGAGCUCAAUGUCUUCUCCUUUGGCAUGGAGAUACAAGAGGUGUCAGGACAGGCUUCAGGAGAGGCAUCAGUGGAGACCAUAAUUACAAAGGUGGAGGAGGUGUGGAAGACCACAGAGUUCACCGUGCUGUCUCAUGGGGACUCUAAAGGCGUCUUCAUCUUGGGAGGCACAGAUGAUAUCCAGGUGCUCCUGGAUGACGGCAUUAUCAAUGUGAACACGGUGGCAUCUUCUCGAUACGUUGCUCCCAUCAAGACAAAGGUGGACAAAUUGCUGAAACAGCUGACCCUCUUCAAUCAAACACUGGAUGAGUGGCUUAUGUGCCAGAGGAACUGGCUCUACCUAGAAAGCAUCUUCUUGGCCCCAGACAUCCAGAGGCAGCUGCCUGCUGAGUCCAAGAUGUUUCUUGAAGUGGACAAGUCCUGGAAGGAGAUAAUGGCGAAGGUCAAUAAGAUGCCCAAUGCCCUGAAAGCAGCCACACAGCCUGAUCUGUUGGAAACUUUUAAGCACAACAACGUUCGUUUGGAUGAGAUACAGAAAUGUCUGGAAGACUACCUGGAGUCCAAGAGAGUCAUCUUCCCCAGGUUCUACUUCUUAUCUAAUGAUGAGCUGCUAAAAAUCUUGGCCCAGACAAGAAACCCCCAGGCAGUGCAGCCCCACCUCAGGAAGUGUUUUGAUGCCAUUACACGGCUGGAGUUCGCUUUGCUGUCCGAACAAUCUUCUGGGGCCAAUACAGGAGCUGCGUCGGAUGCUGGCAAACGGGGGGCGGUCUAUAGCAAUGUCAUCCUGAACAUGGUUUCUCCUGAGGGAGAGAAGGUGGCUUUUACUAAAAGUCUGAAGGCACAAGGCAAUGUGGAAGAUUGGCUUUGUAAGGUGGAGGAGGCUAUGUUCUCCUCACUGCGACACCUCAGCAAGGCUGCCAUCGCUGACUACCAGCUGAAGUCUAGAGAGGAAUGGGUGGUGGCUGGACAUCCAUCACAGGUGGUGCUGACCAUCUCCCAGAUGAUGUGGUGCAGGGACAUGGAUGCCUGUCUGGAGGGAGACCACAACCACUUUGCUGCUCUGCAGGAAUUUGAACUCAUUAACUUUGAUAGGCUGAAUGCUCUGGCAGCCUUGGUACGAGGACAGCUGCCUGCUUUACACCGCAACAUCAUCACUGCCCUGAUCACUACCGACGUUCAUGCCAGAGACAUUGUCACAGAUUUGGUCCACCAAAAGGUGGACAGCAGGUCUAACUUUGAAUGGCAGAGACAGCUACGCUACUACUGGGAUCUGGACCUGGACAACUGUGUAGCCAAAAUGGCUCUCUCCACUUACAUUUAUGGCUACGAAUACCUGGGAGCGUGCCCUAGACUGGUUAUCACACCUCUCACGGACCGUUGCUAUUUGUGUCUGAUGGGAGCUCUGCAGUUGGACCUGGGAGGAGCUCCAGCUGGACCAGCAGGGACGGGCAAAACAGAGACCACCAAGGAUUUGGCUAAGGCCCUGGCCAUUCAGUGUGUGGUCUUCAACUGCUCUGAUGGACUUGACUACAAGAUGAUGGGGAAAUUCUUUAGUGGCCUUGCUCAGUCGGGUGCUUGGUGCUGUUUUGAUGAAUUUAACCGGAUCGACAUUGAAGUGUUAUCUGUCAUAGCUCAGCAGCUCAUAACCAUACGGAACGCCAAAUCUGAAAAGCUGUCAAGGUUUCAAUUUGAGGGCCGGGAGAUCAAGCUGGUGAUGACGUGUGCUGCCUUCAUCACCAUGAACCCAGGCUACGCUGGAAGAACAGAGCUACCUGACAACCUUAAAGCUCUCUUCAGGCCCAUAGCCAUGAUGGUGCCCAACUACGCUCUCAUUGCUGAGGUGAUUUUGUACUCCGAAGGAUUCGUGUCCAGUAAGACCCUAGCAAGGAAAAUGACCCAGAUGUACAAGCUUUGCUCGGAGCAGCUGUCCCAGCAGGACCACUAUGACUUUGGCAUGAGAGCCGUCAAGUCUGUCCUGGUCAUGGCGGGGUCUCUAAAGAGAGAAAACCCCCACCUCAGUGAGGAUGUGGUUCUUAUCAGAGCCCUGAGGGACUCCAACCUGCCAAAGUUCCUCACUGAUGAUGUUGUGCUGUUUGGUGGUAUCCUGUCUGACCUCUUCCCUGGUGUGAGUAUUCCUGAGCAUGACUACGGUGUGCUGCACACCACCAUCCAGGACUCUCUGGUGAAGCGAAACCUACAACCACUGGAAAGCAUGACCAAAAAGGUGAUCCAACUGUACGAGACCAUGUUAGUGCGUCAUGGUGUUAUGUUAGUGGGGCCUACUGGUGGAGGUAAGACCACCGUCUACAGCAUCCUGGCAGACACACUGGAGUCCCUCCAUCGCACAGGCCACUCUGCAAACAACCCCUUCUAUCAGCUUGUCAGGACCUAUAUUCUCAACCCCAAGUCUGUCACAAUGGGAGAGCUCUACGGAGAGGUUAACACAUUAACACUGGAGUGGCGUGACGGACUGAUGGCGCUGAGCGUCCGUGAUGCGGUCAACGACACCACUGACGACCACAAAUGGGUGAUCUGUGACGGGCCAGUUGACGCCCUGUGGAUUGAGAACAUGAACACGGUGCUGGAUGACAACAAGAUGCUCUGCCUGGCUAACAGCGAGCGAAUCAAGCUCACUUCAUCCAUACACAUGGUGUUUGAGGUCCAGGAUUUGGCUGUAGCCUCUCCAGCCACAGUCAGUCGCUGUGGGAUGGUAUAUAUUGACCCAGAUGAGCUCAAGUGGAUGCCAUACGUACAGACAUGGAUCAGUGGUCUAGGAGCCAAGCUCCCGGACCCAGUGCGAACAUACCUAUUGGAGCUGUUUGAGCAGUAUGUGGAGCAGGGUCUUCAGUUUGUGGUGAAGAAUUGUACCCAGGCUAUUCGACAGGUGGACAUCAGUAAAGUCACCACUCUGUGCUGCCUGCUGGAGGCACUGCUGCUGGGCAACGGAGGGCCAGACCUUCAAAUGGAUUCCAAGCAUCUCAACAGUAUAUUAUGUCAGACCUUCAUAUUUUGCUACCUGUGGGCAGUAGGCGGAAACCUGACCAGUUCUCACUGGGACGCUUUUGACACCUUCAUCAGAGAGCAGUUUGAAGACAACAACAAUGCUAAGCUCCCGAAGCACGGCACCCUGUGGAGUGUGUACAUGAACUUUAACCACAAGCGUCUGGAGCCGUGGGAGAAGAUUAUCCCUUCAUUUAAAUACAACAGGGAGCAGCCCUUUUUUGAGAUGCUGGUCCCCACCACAGACACCGUCCGCUAUGGCUACCUGAUGGAGAAACUGCUCUCUGUGCAACGGUCUGUACUCUUCACUGGAGGCACUGGAGUAGGGAAGUCAGUGGUUGCUCGAGGUCUUCUUAACAGCAUCCAGGAAAAGGCCGGAUACCUCCCAGUCUACAUCAACUUCUCAGCUCAGACCUCCUCCGCCCGCACACAGGAAAUCAUCGAGUCCAAACUGGAGAAAAAGAGGAAAAACAUGAUGGGAGCUCCUGGUAACAAGAAGUUAGUGGUCUUUGUGGAUGACCUGAAUAUGCCUAAACUGGACAGUUAUGGAUCUCAGCCCCCGAUAGAACUCCUGCGUCAGUUCCAGGACUUUUCUGGCUUCUAUGAUAGAAACAAGUUCUUCUGGAAGGAAAUCCAGAAAAUGACCAUUGCUGCAGCCUGUGCUCCUCCAGGAGGGGGGCGUAAUCCGGUGACUCCCCGAUUCAUCCGCCACUUCAGCAUGCUGUGUCUUCCCACACCCUCAGAACACAGCCUCAAGCAGAUCUUCAAAGCCAUCCUGAGUGGUUUCCUCACAGAGUUUUCCCAGGCGGUGAAGGACUGUGCCACUCAGAUUGUAGAUGCAGCUGUGGAGAUUUAUAACCGCUUGAGUGUAGAUCUGCUGCCCACUCCAGCUAAGUCCCACUAUGUCUUCAAUCUCCGGGACCUCUCCAAGUGCGUCCAAGGUAUACUGCAGUGUGAGCCGAGUCAAGUGAGAGACAAGAACCAGAUCUUCCGUCUCUUCUGCCAUGAGUGUCAGCGAGUGUUCCACGAUCGACUCAUUAACAACCAAGAUAAGACUUAUUUCAACACCAUCGUCUCUGAGAUGGCCAGCAAAUAUUUUAGCAUUAGCUUGGAGCCCUCAUACUUUGUAACUCAGCCCAUUAUAUUUGGGGAUUUCAUCAAAGUGGGUGCAGAGAAAGAAGAUCGACUGUAUGAGGAUCUGACAGACAUGAGUAAGAUUCAGGCUGUGCUCCAGGACUACCUUGAUGAUUACAACAUGACCUUCUCCAAGGAGACCAAGCUGGUUUUCUUCCAGGAUGCCGUUGAGCAUGUCUCAAGGAUAUCCCGUAUGAUUCGCCAGGAGAGAGGCAAUGCCCUGCUAGUGGGGGUGGGAGGGACAGGCAAGCAGUCACUCACUCGGUUGGCGUCCCACAUGUGUGGGUACCGCUGCUUUGAGAUUGAACUGAGCCGAGGCUACAACUAUGACAGCUUCCAUGAAGACUUGAGGAGGCUCUGCAAGAUGGCUGGAGUGGAAGGAAAAGAUAUGGUGUUCCUCUUUACGGAUACUCAGAUUGUGGUGGAGGAGUUUCUGGAGGAUAUCAACAACAUGCUGAACUCUGGCGAGGUGCCCAACCUGUUUGAGAAAGAUGAGCUGGAACAAGUACUUGCUGCAACCAGGCCUAAAGCCAAAGAGGCUGGAAUCAGUGAGGAGAACAGGGAUGAGGUGUUCCAAUAUUUCAUCACUCAUGUACGGGAGAAGCUUCACAUCGUGUUGUGUAUGAGUCCCGUUGGUGAUGCCUUCAGGUCCCGCUGUCGUAUGUUUCCUUCACUGGUUAACUGCUGCACCAUCGACUGGUUUGUGCAGUGGCCUCGUGAAGCUCUGCUCUCCGUGUCUCAGGCCUUUUUCCAGAAUGUGGACUUCGGCAGCGAGGAGCUGAAGCAGAACUUCUCAGCCAUGUGUGUGGAGAUACAUGUUAGCGUCACUGACAUGGCGGAGCGAUUCUACUCAGAGCUGAGACGUCGAUACUACACCACGCCGACCUCCUACCUGGAGCUCAUCAACCUCUAUCUGUCCAUGCUGGAGGACAAGAGGCACCAGUUAGUGCUAGCCAGGGAUCGUGUGAAGAACGGUCUGGGUAAACUACUGGAAACAAAUGACCUUGUGGACAAAAUGAAAGUGGAUCUGUCUGCUCUGGAGCCAGUCCUGAAACAAAAAUCCAUUGAUGUUGAUGCCCUCAUGGAGAAACUGGCUGUCGACCAGGAGAGCGCUGACGAGGUGCGUAAAGUUGUGGCAGAGGACGAGGCUCUGGCCAAAGUCAAAGCAGAAGAAACCCAGGCCAUAGCAGAUGAUGCCCAGAGGGACCUGGAUGAGGCUCUGCCCGCCCUGGAGGGAGCCAAUCAGGCUCUUAAUUCUCUGGACAAGGCAGAUAUCUCUGAGAUCAAAGUGUUCAGCAAACCUCCAGACCUCGUCAUGACCGUCAUGGAGGCUGUCUGCAUCCUGCUCAGCUGCAAACCAGACUGGCCUGGCGCCAAGCAAGUACUGGGAGAUGCCAAUUUCCUGAGGCGUCUGAUGGACUAUGACAAGGACAAUAUCAGACCUCAGAUCCUGCAGAAGCUGCAAAAAUACAUCAACAACCCUGAUUUUAUUCCUGAGAAGGUGGAGAAGGUAUCCAAAGCCUGCAAAUCAAUGUGCAUGUGGGUCAGAGCGAUGGAUCUUUACUCCAGAGUCCUUAAAGAAGUCGGCCCCAAGAGAGAAAAACUGGCCAAGGCGCAGGGAGAGCUGGAUAUAACUAUGGAAACUCUGAGGGAAAAGCAAGAAAAGCUCCAGGAGGUGGAGAACCAGAUCAAGGUCCUACAGGACCAGUUUGACAGCAGCGUAAAUGAGAAGGAGGAAUUGGUGAACACCAUGGCUCUGACGCAGGCUCGGCUGACAAGGGCAGGGAAGCUAACCUCCGCUCUAGGCGAUGAGCAAGUGCGCUGGGAAGAAAGUGUUGCCUUGUUUGAGCAAGAGAUCAUCAACGUCGUGGGGAAUGUCUUCAUUGCAGCUGCCUGUGUGGCCUACUAUGGAGCGUUCACCUCCCACUAUAGACAGCUGCUAAUUGACCAGUGGAUAAUCCAGUGCCAGGAACUGAACAUUCCCAUCAGUUCGAGCUUCAGCCUGAUCAACAUUCUGGGUGACCCGUUUGUCAUCCGCCAGUGGAACGCAGAGGGUCUUCCUCGGGACACCGUCUCCACGGAGAACGGCAUCCUGGUGACGGAGGGCCGCCGCUGGCCCCUUAUGAUCGACCCUCAGGAUCAGGCUAACCGGUGGAUUCGCACCAAAGAGGCCAAGCACGGUCUAAAGGUGAUCAAGCUGACAGACCCCAGCUUUCUCCGCACCCUAGAGAACGCCAUAUGCAUGGGCAUGCCUGUACUGCUGGAGGAGUUAAAGGAGACCCUCGACCCGGCUCUGGAGCCCAUCCUGCUGAAGCAGACAUUUGUUGCUGGUGGACGGACAUUGAUCCGACUCGGAGACUCUGAUAUUGACUAUGACAAAAACUUCAGGUUCUACAUGACCACCAAGAUGGCCAACCCACACUACUUACCAGAGGUAUGCAUCAAAGUUACAAUUAUCAACUUCACCGUGACCCAGUCUGGCCUGGAGGACCAACUGCUCAGUGACGUGGUGCGCCUGGAGAGUCCACAUCUUGAGGAACAGAGGAAUGAGCUGAUUGUGCGCAUCAACGCCGACCGCAACCAGCUAAAAGACAUCGAAGACCGCAUCCUUAAGCUUCUUUUCACCUCUGAGGGGAAUAUACUUGACAAUGAGGAGCUAGUUCAGACUCUUCAGGAGUCAAAGGUGACAUCAGAGACCAUAAAGCAUCGUCUGGAGGAGGCCGAGGCCACUGAGCUGAUGAUCAACUCUGCCAGGGAGCGUUACCGACCCGUUGCCACCCGAGGCUCAGUCCUGUACUUUGUCAUCGCCAGCCUCUCUGAGAUCGAUCCAAUGUACCAGUUCUCCCUCAAGUACUUUAAACAGCUUUUUAACUCCACCAUUGAGACGUCAGAGAAGAGCAGCGUGUUAGAAGAGCGUCUCCAGAUCCUGCUGGACCAGAUCUUGCUCAACUCCUACACCAAUGUGUCCCGCGGCCUCUUUGAGCAGCACAAGCUCAUCUACAGCUUCAUGUUGUGUGUCGAGAUCAUGAGGGAGCGUGGCGAGAUCUCCGAUGCCGAGUGGCAGCACUUCCUAAAAGGAUCUGGCACACUGGAAAAGGACUAUGCAGAGCGGCCAGAUGUGCCAUGGCUAAGUGAGUUUUACUGGCAGACGUGUUGUGAGCUGGGGGACACACUGGCCUGCUUCAAGGACAUCUCCAAGGAAAUCACCAAAACACAAAUCCACAUCAAGCUAGGACGUUUUCAAGCAUCUAUUAAUCCAGAGACCUGGGAAGACUAUGUGUCAGAGUUGCCUCCUCUUGGGGAGUCUGGAGAGGUGAAGCAGGAGAGCGGGAUCAGAGGCUACUGGAAUGAGAGGUUGGGGGCCUUCCAGAAGCUCAUCCUUAUCAAGAGCUUCUUAGAAGAAAAGGUGGUGUUUGCAGCAACAGAGUUUGUAAUUGUCAGCCUGGGGAAACAGUUUGUGGAGAACCCUCCAGUAGACCUGGCCAACCUCUACAAUGAUAUGUCACCUUCCACACCACUGGUCUUUAUUCUCAGCACCGGAUCUGACCCCAUGGGUGCCUUCCAGCGCUUUGCAAAAGAAAGAGGUUGUCUUGACAGGGUUGAAUCCAUCUCAUUGGGUCAAGGCCAGGGGCCGAUAGCAGAGAAGAUGAUCCGUGCAGCACUGAAGAGUGGCAAGUGGGUCUUUCUGCAGAACUGUCACCUAGCCGUGUCCUGGAUGUUAGCCAUGGAGGAGCUCAUCAAGACCUUCACUGAGCCAGACACAUCAAUCCACGAGAACUUCCGUUUGUUUCUCAGUUCUAUGCCCACCAAAGUGUUUCCUGUUACGGUGCUUCAGAACUCCGUCAAGGUGACCAACGAGCCUCCUAAAGGUUUGCGAGCCAACAUGCGACGGGCCUUCACAGAGAUCUCCAGCAACUUCUUUGAAGACCAUGUUCUGGGACGCCAGUGGAGGAAGAUCAUCUUUGGAAUCUGCUUUUUCCAUGCAAUCAUCCAGGAGCGAAAGAAGUUUGGUCCUCUGGGCUGGAACAUCCGCUAUGAGUUUAACGACAGUGACAGGGAGUGUGCUCUGCUCAACCUCAACCUCUACUGCAAAGAGGGCUCCAUCCCUUGGGACGCUCUCAUCUACAUCACUGGUGAGAUCACAUACGGGGGCAGAGUGACGGAUGCCUGGGAUCAACGUUGCCUCAGGACAAUCCUCAAAGGCUUCUUCUCUCCUAAAACCCUGGAGGCUGCCUACACCUUCUCCUCUUCAGGUAUCUACUAUGCUCCAGAGACAGAUGAACUAGAGCAAUAUAAGAAAUAUAUUGAGGGCCUUCCGAUCAUUGAUGAUCCUGAGGUUUUUGGCAUGCAUGAGAAUGCUAACCUGGCCUUCCAGCGGCAGGAAACCAUGACUCUAAUCAGCACCAUACUGGAUGUAAAUCCUCGCUCAUCAGCCUGCCAUGGAGCUAAAAGUAACGAUGACAUCGUCUGCGAGCUCGCUGAAUCCAUCUUAGCCAAGCUUCCUGAGCGUCUGGACAUGGACGAAGCGGCGGAAACUCUGUUUGUCCAGGACGAUAACGGUCGCCUCAACUCCUUGACAACGGUUUUGGGCCAAGAGACGGACCGCUUCAACAACCUGCUGAGAGUGCUAAAGAUGUCUCUCGUCACUCUGCAGAAGGCCAUAGCAGGUCUGGUGGUGAUGUCAGAGGAAAUGGACCGCAUAUACACCAGCUUCCUGAUAAACCAGGUCCCCACACACUGGGCAAACUCUGCCUACCCUUCCCUCAAACCCCUGGCCUCCUGGGUCAGAGACCUGACCCUAAGGACCUCAUUUAUCCAGACGUGGAUCACAUGUGGUCAGCCCAAAUCUUUCUGGAUCUCAGGAUUCUUCUUCCCCCAAGGCUUUCUUACUGGGGUUCUUCAGAAUCAUGCCAGGCACUACAAUCUGCCCAUUGAUGAGCUCAACUUCCGCUUCAACAUGGUGCCGGUGUACAGAGACCAGAUAGCAGUCUGUGAGGCGCUACGCUCUCUACCUGACAACGCCACACUCCACGUGGAUGAUGAGUUACCAGAGCCGGAGGACGGCGUGCUAGUGCACGGCAUGUUCAUGGACUCUAGUCGCUGGGACGAUGACAACAUGGUGAUUGAGGACGCUUUACCUCGAGUGAUGAACGCCAUGCUGCCCGUGGUGCACUUUGAGCCGCAGCAGAACUACGUGCCUGAGCCGGGUCUCUACCAUGCUCCUCUGUACAAGACCUCAGCCAGGGCUGGGACGCUGUCCACCACAGGCCACUCCACUAAUUUUGUUGUGACAGUAAUGAUUCCCUCCAAUCGGCCCAGCGACUAUUGGAUAUCAAAAGCCUCCGCUCUCCUGUGUCAGCUGGAUGAUUAACUUUUCAUUCAAGAGCAAAAAGGAAUUUUAGAUGUGGCUGAAAUAUAUACCUCCAUGCACAACUUUGAAUCAACGUUGAAGCUUUUGUGGAAUUAUUUAUGAGGAUUUUGUACAGGCAUGAUUUAUGCUGAAAGUGCACUUAUAAUAAACACCCUGACUGAUC